UCGAUCGGUUCUACAUUUGGCCUUGCAGCGCGAUUGGGCUAUUCAUUAGCUCGACGUAAAGAACGCUUUUCUUCAUGGCAGGUUAGACAAACCGGUUUAUAUGCAUCAACCACCGGGAAUGAUCGACAAGACUCAACCUUAUCACGUAUGUAAACUCGAAAAAGCUCUUUACGGCUUGAAACAAGCACCUCGUGCCUGGAAUGCUCGAUUCUCUGAGUUUGUGACAAAGCUUGGCUUCAACAAAAGCAACAGCGACCACUCACUCUUCGUUUACAACAAAGGACACGAUCAAGCAUUCAUCCUCCUCUACGUCGAUGAUAUCCUUCUCACGGCAUCAACACCAGCGCUUAGACACACCGUCACAAAUCUGCUCAAAGCUGAAUUUGAAAUGUCAGACGACAGACCCCUCUCCUACUUUCUUGGAAUCAAAAUUGAGAAGAACUCCAAAGGUAUGUUGUUGAGUCAAUCCGCAUAUGCCAAAGAUAUUCUUGCUCGUAUGUCGAUGCAUAAUUGCAAUCCAGUAACAACACCGGUGGACCUCAAAUCAAAGUUAUCACAAGACGAUGGCGAUCCCAUUCAUAAUCCCACUGAAUACAGAAGCAUUGCUGGUGCGUUGCAGUAUCUUACACUUACUCGUCCGGACAUACAAUACGCGGUUCACCAGCUGUGCCUUUACAUGCAUGACCCAAGACUCCCUCACUUGAAUGCUCUUAAGCGCGUCCUGCGAUACCUCAAAGGCACUCUCGACCAAGGUCUUCAGUUAUUCAAGUCCACGUCUACGCAACUGACUGCCUAUACCGACGCAGAUUGGACUGGCUGUCCGGAUACUCGCCGCUCUACCUCUGGAUAUUUCAUCUUCUUGGGAGACAACCUCUUGUCAUGGUCCUCCAAACGACAACCCACGGUAUCUCGCUCUAGUGCUGAGGCUGAAUACAAAGGCGUAGCAAAUGUGGUUGCGGAGACUUGCUACAUACGCAAUCUCUUACUCGAGCUAGGAUGCCCCCUGACCACGGCUACACUUGUGUACUGCGAUAACAUCAGCGCGAUCUAUCUCUCCAACAACCCUGUCAAACAUCAAAGAACAAAGCAUGUAGAGAUAGAUAUACACUUUGUGCGUGAAAAGGUGGCUAUGGGACAAGUACGAGUACUACAUGUACCAUCUUCUUCUCAAUUUGCGGACAUAUUCGCUAAAGGACUCCCAUCCUCACUGUUCAACGACUUCAAGCACUGUCUCUCCGUCUGGUCACCCAACGAUUCGACUGAGGGGGGGUGA